AUGCCUCUCUAUUUGCCCCUCCUUCUCGCUGGGCUGCUCGUCCGAAGAACACCGCCUCCGCGCUGCGGCCAGCCUCUCGCGUGUGCCUCCGAGCCGGUCUCGCAAGGCCGGACGCAGGCAGCGGUUGACGUGAGCAGCGCCAACUCCACCUACUCCAACCUCUGCCGGAUGUGUGGUGUCUCGACGCAGCAGGAUGCCGAGAUGGACGUGGACGGCUUCGUACUCGCCUUUGAACAGCUCUUCUGCAACGGCGCUGCGCUCGCUCCGGAACUUGCGGACGAGCUUUGCGCCGCCGUCAGCGCUGCUGAUGGCGAGGACGUGAGCCGCGCGGGCUGGGCGGCGUUCCACGCGCGGUGGCAGGAGGCGAGCUCGGCUGCAGCGCACCUCGCGGCGAUGACUGCGUCGCGGCGCGAGGCGGCGGCGCUGGCUGAGAAGGAGGCGCGGCUCGCCGAGGCGGCGGAGCGCGAGAGGGCGUGGGUGGAGAAGCAGGAGGAGUACAUCCUGGCGCUCGCCGAGGCGAAGAAGGCGGCCAAGGAGGCGGCGGCCAAGGCGGCCGAGAGCGCGCGGCCAAAGCUGAUGGCCGACCUGGCGAGGCGGCCGGGCAACUGGUUUGAGCAGAGGGAGGGCGCGGCGCAGGUGGCGGCUGCGUACCGCUCGCUCGACCCGGAGGCGUGGGAAGAGGUGACACGGUCGGUGGGCGGGCUCGGCGAGACGCUGGAGACGAUCCGGAGGCGCAUCUGGGUGCCUCUCUGCGCGCCUCGCUACCUGCUCGACGAGCUCGGCGCCGAACGGGUCAAGGGGCUGUUGCUGUACGGCCCUCCCGGCUGCUCGCGCACGGGCUCUCUCGCCGGCCCGCCACGCUGGUACGUCGGCAACUCGGAGGCGCAGCUGCGAGACCUCUUCCUCAAGGCGGCGGCAGCGCCGAACGUGCCUGCGCGGCCCGGAGACGCCGAGGACGUCAUGAUCGCAGCCGAGGACAACGAGCUCCACGUCAUCGUUCUGGACGAGUUCGACGCGAUCGCCCGCCGCCGCUCCGAGGACAGCGGCUCCUCCGAGGGGGGCGCGGCGCGCGACUCGGUGGUCAACCAGCUGCUCGCGCUGAUGGACGGCGUCGCGGGGCUGCCCGUACCCACCUUCGUCGUCGCCCUCACCAACCGGCGCGAGCUCGUCGACCCCGCGGUGCUGCGGCCGGGCCGCCUCGAGCGCGCAUUCGGCGCGUGGGUGGACGGCCUCGCCGCGCAGACGGAAGGCUUCUCCGGCGCCGCAAUCUCCGGGCUGGUGCGCGCCGCCGUCGCGCGCGCACUCGACCGCGCCGUCUCGCUCGCCGACACCGCCGGCUGCCGCGUCACCGGCGCGGACUUUGGCGCCGCCAUCGCCGACCUCCGCAGCUCGAUCAUGAGCUCCAUCAACCUCUCUCGGCGGCCCGCCCUACCUCUGGCCUAG